AUGGAAGAUUUUUCUUUAGAUCCUGUAUCUAAUAAUCAAUCGAAUUUUAUUGAUAACUCUGAUUCGUUGAUUUAUCCGGAGGAAGAAGUUGAUGAAAUGGAUUAUAAUUUUUUAAAUUUUAAUCCUAUUACUAUUCCCGUUAUCGACGACAAUUUAAGUUUUAAAAGAAUUGCCGAAUUCUAUACUCGUUUUCUUCUUGAACUGCGAGAGUAUCACUUACUUCCGCAAAAAAUGGUUCAAUCUAUUUCAUUUUACAUUUCCACUUUACUUGAUAUGAUUUUUAAAUUGAUUAAAACAAAAACAUCAACUUCCAACUUCAUAUCAACUAAUGAUUUUGAUACAGCUUUCGCACAGAUUAAUUCGAUUAUUAAUUCUAUUUCAAAAAGUGAAUAUCAAUUCUUAAGACAAUGUAAGAAUUAUUUUAACUACGAAGCCCCAACUGAAAUCAUCUUAAAUACAAAUGAAGAACGUGCUUAUUAUAUACCUUUAAAACAAAGUAUAGGAAGCAUGCUUCAAAAUGAACAAUUAUUGAAGUCGAUAAUUGAUAAUAUCAAUUCUUUAUCGAAAUAUGUAGCUAAAGAUCAAGAUCUGAUCUUGUCAAAUCGACAAGGUCAUUCAAUUAUAUCGAAUUUAUCUCGUCAAGCAAAUCCAAAUGCUUUAUUACUUAAAUUAUAUACAGAUGGAAUCUCCGUUACUAAUCCUCUUGGUGCUAAACGAGAUUCCCACAAGCUUACCUGUUUUUAUUAUCUCUUGGACGAUAUGCCAGAAAUCAUUCGUUCAAAAGUAAACUAUAUUGGAUUGUUUUGCAUGUGUUAUACAAAGCAUUUAAAUGAUCAGAAUAAUCGAACGAUAUUAAUGGAUGUACUGGUAAAUGACUUGAAUAUGCUUCAAAAUGAAGGCAUAACAAUUGCGUGUCCUUCAAGUAGAAUAUAUUUCGUUUUUUCAACUGUAUGUGCUGAUAAUUUAGCUGCCAACGAAAUUGGAGGAUUUCAGAAGACAUUUAGUUCAGGCAGCUUUUGCCGACAUUGUUAUAUUACAUAUGAACAGCGACUUAUUCCAUUAACUGAUAUAUCAUUUGUACCUCGAACUAGAUCAAAACACGACAUGAUUCUCCAUCAGAUUAUCAACAACAACAAUGAUCAAAUUAUACAAGGAGUUAGAGGUCACAGCUGGUUUAAAAAUGUAAUAGGUUUCUAUCCAACUGAGUCAUUACCACCGGAUAUAAUGCACGAUGUUGCAGAAGGCAAUAAACAGUAA